AAAUUUAUUAUGCUUGACAACAUGUUAUACAAUUUGCAGCUGAAAUGCAGUGAUAAGCCUCCGUUGACAGAGGAGUCAGGAGUUUCUUUGAUAUUUUUUGAAGAAAGAUUGCAUUUCUAUGGAGUAUCCAAUACUUCUGCCCGGUGUUUCUACAGUGGAAUUAAAAGAGUAGAAGAAAAGGGCAACUACACAAAGAACUGUGAUGGAAAAUGGAAUAUAGGAAAGGAGAUCCCAAUACACCAAAGGGUAACACCUAUGGCAGAAGAUGGCAUCUUAGUGAAGUGUAUGAAAAUGCCUUUAAAGAAAAAAAAGAAGACCUUUUAUGAAAAUGUCCACUUUUUUAUACAGCCUAAGAGAAUCAAGGAAAAAAGAGAAAAAUUCAAGGCCAACUUUGGGGAAAGAAGGCGUGAAAACCUAAGUGUUAUCAUUCUAGGAACAGAUUCCGUUUCACGAGGAAAUCUUCGUCGCCACAUGCCGAGAACUUUUGCAUACCUCACUAAAAACCUCAAGGCUAUAGAUCUGAAAGGUUUCAAUAAAAUUGGUGAUAAUACUGAUCCUAACCUAUCAGCAAUAUUGUUGGGCAUGUAUUUUGAUGAAGUGAAAAAACAAUCCUGUUUAGCAAAUAAUUCAAUAAUUAAUUUUGAUGAGUGCCCUUUUAUUUGGAACAAUUUUUCAAGUAAGGGAUAUGCUACAGUGUUUGCUGAAGAUGCUCCUUGGAUGGGAAGUUUUCACUGGAAAAAAGCUGGAUUUUGCAAAGAACCCACUGACUAUUAUAAUAGGCCGUAUUUUUAUGCUGCUGAGAAAACUAUUGGAAACUCACCUGGUGGUAAAAGAAAAUGCAAUUUAUGUCAGGGAGUUAGAGUCAGCAUUUCCUUAGUUCAUAAUUAUUCCCUCUCUGUUGCUGAAUCACUCAAAGACAUUCCUUAUUUUGCCUAUUACUGGACAGCAGCCUCUACACAUGAAAAUCUGAAACAACCAGCGGCUAUUGAUCAACUGUGCCUGAAUUACCUGAAACUCCUCUCAGAGGGAGGAUACUUAGAGAACACUGUCUUAUUUUUCAUUAGUGACCAUGGUCUAAGAUGGGGAGAUUUCAGAUCAACCUACUCUGGAAUGCUUGAAGAAAGAUUACCAUAUGUGAUGAUUAAAUUUCCUGAGUGGUUUGAGAAGGAGUACCCCGAAGCUAUUCAGAACCUGCAUGUCAAUACUAAGAGACUGACAUCCUCCUUCGAUCUGCAUGUUACUUUGCAUGAUAUUCUGAAUCGAGUCUAUGAAAAUUUAGAGGAAAGAUCCUUCACACCCACAUUUCCAAAUCAUGGACAGUCUCUCUUCAAAGAAGUAUCAGAGAAUAGAACUUGUAAAGAUGCUGGCAUUCCAGACCACUAUUGUGCUUGUGAAGACACAAAAGAAGUUGAUCCCUCGAACCCAAAUUUGUACAAAGCAGCAGAAUUGUGUGUUGAAGUAAUCAAUAAAGGCCUUGAAGCUUUUCCAGACUGUAUGCAACUGAAAUUGAACAAGGUUUUAAAUGGUCGAGUGGGAUAUGCCAGCAAGAGCACUGUACCAAAGGCUGUCAAUACAGUAGUGUCAUCUUAUCAUUUAACCUUUACCACAGUGCCAGGAAAUGCAAAGCUAGAAGCUACGCUGACUUUUCAUAAUGGUGAAUUUGAACUGACUUCAGAGGUAUCACGAAUUAACCGUUAUGGUAAUCAGAGUCAUUGUAUCAUUGAUGAUGUGUAUAGGAAAUAUUGUUAUUGCAAAGACUUAAUUUCAUAAGCUUACUGUAAUGAUAUUUUUUUUAUGAAAUAUAUACGUAUAUUUGUGAAACUACAUAUUGCCUAUACGUACUAUGAAGUGAAUACCAGUUUUUGAAUAAUGAAUGUAUCACUUACACUGACUGAGGCAUGUAGUUGUCAUGGAACAAGUUACGGGGCAGGCCUAUAAGUAACACAUACUUCCUUACAAGUCUUUGUAUUGUAAUAUGUUAUUAUUCUGACAAAAAUUGUUGCUUAAGUUAUUUAUUUUGUUUCUUUGUAGAUUGAGGUAAAUAAAGUUGUUUUGUAUUUA